AUGCAAAUACCAACCAGAGGUAAAGGCUUUGAGCUUCUUCUCGUUCAGAUAUGUUGCAGCGUAGUCGUCUACAUCUCAGCAUGUCUACGAUUCUGGGCCCAAUACGUUCACCGGAACAAGCAACUGGAGUAUAAUGUUACUGGAAAAAAGAAGCUAUCAUCUCAUGAUAUACUGAUGCUUGCAUCUGUGCUUUUUUAUACAGCCCAGGCUAUCGUUAUAGUCAGAGGCAUCGUCGAGGGUGGUAUUGGUCAACAUGCAAGCCAAAUCGGAAAUACGGAGAUUAUUACAGGCUUUCAAAUGUGGUACUUCGGUGAACUCAUCAAUGCCGUGCUUUCAUGCCUUAUCAAGACCUCUAUAGUCUUAUUCUUGCGAGAAGCAUAUAUCGGUCGACGAAAAGCUACUGAUCAGCGCAAAAUCUCCUGGAUGUUAUACAUUUGUUUUAGCGGCAUCUGCGCAGUCUCAGUCGUGUUCUUAUCGGCCAGCAUCUUCCAAUGCUCCCCUCCGAGCCAUUAUUGGAAACAAUUUAAGGACCCAAAGAACGAAGGCGCUUGCUCGAAGAGCGUGGUACCAGCUACUGGUAUUGCUCUUAGUAUAGUUUCAGCCAUCACUGAUUUCGUUCUGGCAUCAGUGCCUACAGUCGCUUUGUUAAAGACGCAGAUCCCGUGGCAAAAGAAAGCUGCCAUCCAAGGUCUGUCGAGCUUGGGAGUAUUGUGA